AUGGGGGAACGGAUGGAGGGGGACUCCAUUGAAGCGCCAGAGCUGAGUGAGCUUGAGAAUGAAGCUCUAGCAGCCGGCCAAGCACACCACAGCGUCCGCACGGCCAUGCUGGUCUAUGGCCGGCCACAGGUUCAAUUUGGCAACCUCCCCAUCAACCAGCAGGCCGCCUACAUUGACUUCAGCCAGCGGAAGACCGCUGCCUCAGGCCCCCAGGCCACAGCCAAGACCCCCCAGGGCCUAUCUACCAGCUCCUUUCCUCUCAACCAGCCCUGCCUGCGCUUCUGGUGGCAGAGAUCUGCCUCUUCACCAUCCCCUAAGAUCCCUAUUGGUCAGUUCAAUGCAUUCAUGGGCUCCACAACCCCCACAUUCACUCCAAUCGACCCCAAUGUCACUGAAGGCAUUCCCGAUGGUGACCCGCGCCUGGCCGAGCUGGAACCAGGCCAGCGACUGCGACUGCUUGCACACCAGCCAUUCCCUCAAACCCCUAGGGGCCUUCAAGCACCAGACCUCCUGCUUGGGCUCUUUCAAGAAUUCAUGGGAACGCCUCAGGCUGAAUUUCGAAGCGCAGAACAGCGUGAGUGCCUCUACCAUCUGCUGAAGCCAACCCCAUUCCUUCUCAUGGCAUUACCAACUGCUGGAGGCAAGACCACCCUGUUUCUGCUUGCUGCAAGCCUUGCCUGGGCGCAUACUACUGUCCUGGUGGUUCCCCUUGUUUCAUUGAAGCUGAACCUGCAAUCUAAGCUUCAAAACCUAGGUCUGCCAUGGGUGAAUUGGGAGGAUCAGCAUGAGGAGACCCCUCCUACCCGGCUAGUGCUAGUAUCCAUUGAGUCUGCUGUCAGCCAGGUCUUCAUUAACUGGGCCAUGCAGCUCUACCACCAAAACGCCCUGGACCGCAUUAUUUUUGACGAAGCCCAUCUGAUCCCCCUGGCCCGCAGCUAUCGGGGGGUGAUGAAUGAUGUAAACCGCCUGAGCCAGGUCCCAGUCCCCAAAGUCUUUGCCUCUGCCACUGUGCCGGGGGCACUGCGAAACCCCGGAUCUCCCAUAUUUCCUAUCUUGGAACACCGUAGAACCGCCGACUCCGACAUACUAAUGUAUGGUGGAGCCCACGGCCGGAGUACUUAA